AUGGAUGUGGCAGGCCCCGCCCCCAGCCUCCAGAACGGCGAUCUCGGCGGCGCCGUUUCCAUGACGACACAGCUCCUGGCCUGGGCGACUGCACUGCUGUGCCGCGGUGGCGGCAGCGCCUGUAUGAGCCGGGCAGGGACUGCGGCUGGGCCGCGGCCCACCAGCUCGGGGGUCUCUAGCACCCGGCUCGCGACGCGCGCCCGCCCGCGCCCGCCCCCGGUCCCGGGCGGUGCGGUCUCAGCGCAGCAAAGCCAGCACCAGGGGCUGGACGCGGCGCAGAAGCGGGUCCUGGACCUGGAGAAGAGCCUGCAAUUCCUGCAGCAGCAGCACUCGGAGACGCUGUACAAGCUCCACGAGGAGAUCGACCACCUGAAGCGGGAGAACAAGGAUCUCCACUACAAGCUGAUUAUGAAUCAGAAGCCACCCAAAAAAGGCAGCUUGUCCACGUGCAGCAUGCAGUCCAAGUCCAUCUCCAAUUCGACAGUGUCGGGCAUCUCUCAAGGCAAAGCCAAGGGCCUGUCCAGCUCCAAGAGGCACGAUUCCAAAGCCGAAGCCCCCCAGAAGCGCUCCUUGGAGGAGGAACCCCCGAGCCUGAGCCUUCUGCACAAGCAGGGGCAGGAGGCCCAGGGCCAGGCCAGAGACGAAGACUCAGAAGCCUAUAGUGUGGGAGCCAUUCCCUGGGGGAGCAGCCAACCCAAGGGCCGGCUGGCCGCCUUUCCUCCAAGCCUGCCCCCACACAUGCGCAAGCCCACCACUGUGCAGCAGUGCGAGGUGGUCAUCCGCCAGCUGUGGAAUGCCAACGUCCUCCAAGCCCAAGAGCUGCAGCAUCUCAAGGCCCUGCUGGACGGAAGCCAGCAGUCCCAGGCGGCCCUCCAGGAGCCAGGGCCCAGCUUGCCCAAGGACCAGGAGGUCACGCAGUUCCCCAAGGUCACAGCCAAGGGGCUCUCUAAGAAAUGCCUGAUCCUGAGCCCAGGGCCCAUGGACAGAGCCAUCCUGCCUGCCCUGAAGCAAAGCCUCAAGAGCAACUUCACCGAGCGCCAGAAGCGCCUGCAAGUGGUGCAGAACCGCCGCCUGCACCGCUCGGUGCUCUGACCCAGGCAGCCAGGGAACCCCGCUCCACACCCCACCCCCACCCCCACCCCGGACUUCCAGGCCAGCUGGAUUCCUAGAGAUGACUCUCGGUGGAUAAAGUACUAGACCUCACUGAGAAUUCCCUUUAUUUUCUUGCUCAGAUUUAACGGUCCCUCGUAGUCACAGAAGCACAGUAAGAUAGGAUGGAAAUUAAACCUUGUUUCUUUAACUCA